AUUACCAUAUUAGGUGAAAAUAUCGAAGAGGAGCUUUCCGCAGGCGUUGGACUAAUUUCCUUCAAUCAAUUGCCGGUUUUUCUUCGUAGCUAAUAUUACUUUGAAACAUGAGUGCAAGCUUGAAAUCACUUUUUGCAACUUUACCUAAAACACAAAGAGGUCAAAGAAUUGUUAUUAACGGUGAUCCAAAGGGCAAAAAUUUCCUGUAUGUCAAUGGCAAUAGCGUUGUUAUAAGAAACAUAGACAACCCAGAAAUUGCUGAUGUUUAUACUGAACAUUCGACAGCAACGACAUGCGCUAAAUAUUCUCCAAGCGGCUAUUAUAUUGCUUCUGCCGAUGUGUCUGGAAAAGUACGAAUUUGGGAUACAGUUAAUAAGGAGCAUAUUCUAAAGAAUGAAUUUCAACCCUUCGCUGGUUGUAUUAAAGAUAUAUCUUGGUCCAGUGACAACACUAAGAUAGCAGUCGGAGGUGAAGGUCGAGAGAAAUUUGGUCAUGUUUUCAAUGCCGAGACCGGAACCUCUGUGGGUACUAUUAUGGGACAUUCAAAAUGUGUCAAUGGAAUCGACUUCAAACCCACAAGGCCAUUUAGGCUUGCAACAGCUUCAGAUGAUUUGAGCGUUGCAUUUUUCGAGGGUCCCCCCUUUAAAUUUAAGCAGACUACAAGAGAACACACACGUUUUGUUAACUCUGUAAGGUAUUCACCUGAUGGAUCGAUUUAUGUAUCAUGUGGAGCUGACGGAAAAUUAAUUGUCUAUGAUGGUAAAGACGGAAACAAGAUAUCUGAAAUAGGUAGCCCUGCACACGCUGGUGGAAUUUAUGGGAUAAGCUUUAGUGAAGAUUCAAAGAGUUUACUCUCAGUUUCUGGCGAUAAAACAGCUAAAAUAUGGGAUAUUCAAGCAAAUUCCGUUGUCACUACUUUUGACAUGGGCAAAGCCAUAGAAGAUAUGCAAGUUGGUUGCCUCUGGCAGGGAUCUCACCUGUUGACUGUCUCCCUAUCAGGGUACAUUAAUUAUUUGGACAAGAACAAUCCGUCUACUCCAUUGAGGAUUAUUAAAGGUCAUAAUUUACCGAUAACCUCACUGGCUGUGACCGAAGAUAAGAGUGCCAUUUUUUCGGCUUCGUCAGAUGGCGCUAUCUGCCGUUGGAGAAUUAACGGAGAUAAUGAAAUGUUGAAUGGUUCAAAGCAUGACAAUAAGAUUCAAAAAAUUAAUAUUGUUCGUGGCAAAUUGAUAAGUUGCAGUAUGGAUGACACCAUAGCAUUCUCUGAUGUUAGUGAGGCACGCUAUGGUGAUAAAGUCAAACUACAAUCUCAGCCUCGCGGCAUGUCAACUUCUCCUUCCGGUUUAACGGUUGUUGCUAGUACCAACCAUAUUUCUAUUCUAAUGAAUGGAAGUAUGGUCAAGAGUGUUCCAAUUGACUUUGAAGGUCAAUCUUCCGCCGUCCAUCCACACGAGAAAGAAUUUGCUGUUUGUGGAGGGGAUAGCAAAUUACGAAUUUAUAGCUACGAUGACUCUUUCAGUUUAACAAUAAAGCGAGAAAUAGUCGUCCAAGGAGUAAUAACAGACAUGUCUUAUUCCCCGGACGGAACUUUUCUAGGAGCUGCAAGCUCUGGACGACCUAUCUACUGUUUCCGUUUGCCUGAUUACGAAGACUUAACGAGCUCGCAGUGGGUUUAUCAUACAGCAAGGGUUAACUCAGUAUGUUGGUCCGACGACGGGAAGCGUCUGUUUUCUGGUGGAAUAGAUACUAAUGCGUUCAUUUGGGAUCCUGCAAAUACGCACAGUAAAACCGAAAUCAAAGGUAAACAUCCUAUGGCAAUUGUGAAUACCGUGGGCUGGUUGGACAACAAUACGGUUGUAACUGGUGCCGAUGACGGUUGUGUACGAGUAUUUACAGUAUAA